UUCGUUCGGUGACUAUCGCCGUGGACAGCAGUUCUACCGUAAUCGUCGUCGUCGUCGUCGUCGUGCUGAAUCGAAAGUCAAUUCCGUUCAAUUGCCUAGUGAUCGUACUGGAAAGAACUGUGUUGGAGAUACUUGACACUGUUAAGUGACUCUCGCGGUCGGUCGUUAAACCUAGAAGCUAGAAAAUGUCGGAUAAUAAUUUCAAAAGUUUGGAGGACACGCUGGAUAAGUACAUUCCACCGGAAGAACUCAGAGAGGUUAAGCGGAUUUUAUACGGACGAGCUGAAGACAAUCCGAUCACCUUCUCGUUGGAGGCCACCUCGCUGGCGAAGGAGGUCGGCGUUGAUCUGCGCGGCUACACGUUCACCGCCCGCAAGGAAGACCUCCGUCGGCCACGGAUCGUGCGCGUCGGCGCCAUCCAGAACACGGUGGACAUCCCCACCACGGCUCCGAUCCACGUCCAGCGGGAUGCGCUGCACGAGAAGGUGUCCAACAUCCUGCGGGUGGCGGCCUCGGCCGGCGUCAACAUCAUCUGCUUCCAGGAAGCGUGGACAAUGCCAUUUGCUUUCUGUACCCGCGAAAAGUUCCCCUGGUGUGAGUUUGCCGAGGACGCCGAACAUGGUCCGACGACGAAGCUCAUGAAGGAACUGGCCAAGCAGUACAACAUGGUGAUCGUGUCGCCCAUCUUGGAACGCGACUCGAACCACAACGACACCAUCUGGAAUACGGCCGUUGUAAUUUCCAACAACGGGAAUUACAUCGGGAAGCACCGCAAGAAUCACAUUCCGAGGGUGGGAGAUUUCAACGAGUCGACGUACUACUUCGAGGGUGACACCGGACAUCCGGUGUUUGAGACGCAGUUUGGCAAGAUCGCGAUCAACAUCUGCUACGGACGGCAUCAUCCGCAGAACUGGAUGAUGUUUGGACUGAACGGAGCGGAGAUUGUGUUCAACCCGUCGGCGACGAUCGGCGCCCUCAGCGAACCCCUGUGGGGCAUCGAGGCCCGCAACGCGGCCAUCGCCAACGGGUACUUCACGGUGGCGAUCAACCGCGUCGGCACCGAAGUCUUCCCGAACGAGUUUACCUCGGCGAACGGGCAGCCGGCGCACAAGGACUUUGGCCCGUUCUACGGCUCCUCGUACAUUGCCGCCCCGGACGGUUCCCGCACGCCGGCCCUGUCCCGCGACAAGGACGGCCUGCUGGUGGCCGAGCUGGACCUGAACCUGUGCCGCCAGGUGAAGGACUUCUGGGGCUUCCAGAUGACCCAGCGGCUGCCGCUGUACGCCGAAAGUCUGGCCAAGGUCACCAAGCCGGACUACAAACCGCAGGUCAUCAGGGAGAAUUAAUGAGGCGGGUCGUGAUUGUUUUUUUUUUUUUCAAAGAAUGUGUUUUUUUAUUCAAUGAACCAUUACUGUUUCUUUUUAAAUGUAGCCUUGUUUUUGUUCUUCUUUUUAGUUGGUGUAAAAUUUACAUUUUCCUCGAUUUCGUCAACGGAGUCGAAAAAAGUGUGUGUGUGAUUCAAUUUUGUCUUCUGAACGCGCGAUCGCUGUUUUCACUAAAAACUAAUCAACAAACAA